UGUAUAUCGCACACCCUUUAUGAGAGAGAUCCAGUGCGAGAAUGUGUGCUUGCAUGCUGGAUUUGUACGGACGGCCGAGGAGGGAAAAACAUGUGAGUGUGUAGUUUUUUAUGUCCAGUCGUCCUCGUUGUGCCUCCUGCUCACACUCCCGUGUGUUGUGUGGACCAUCAUGGAUAGUCGAAGCAGCGUCGGAGAGCGCGCGCGGAGGAUAUUAUUAGAAAAACCGUACGGUACCGUUCGUCAAAGAGCAGGAGGGUCGUCGGUCGGUCGGUCGGUAGGAAGGCUGUGUUGGUGAGGUGGUGGCGGAUUUCAAAGAAGAGGACGAUGGUUUUUCGGAAAAUCUCCCAGUCCAGCCAGUCAGUGCAAUUCCGCAGACCGAAUGAGAAGUAUCGAAGACGUACCUACUGCAGGACGGACGUGGAUAAGCCGGGGUUUCGUUCAACGUCGUUUGUCCGGCAAUUAUCGUCGGAUCAUUCAACAUCAUACACAGUCGUCCGUCGUCGGUGUCGUUCAUCUCGUGGAGAGUGCCUUGUGCUGCUGCUGCAGCCAGUGGGAAAGCGAGACGGCGCAUCAUAAAAAACGGACGUGCGUGUCGCCUUUCGCUUCGAUACACAGACGGGACGGGACGGGAAGAAGGACCACAGGAUAUCAGUCCCCCAGGUCGUCACCGUGUGAUCAGAAACAAAAAAGACGUGUCCCAGAACGGUUGUCAGUCGUUGUUGGCCAGUGUCGUCGGUCGCUCGCUCUCGAUUGAUCGGAAGUUUCGGAACGUGUCAUAUUUUGAAUAUCGCUCGCCGGACCACCAACGCGCGCGGCGCGUGUGAAACGAUCGUGGGAAGGAACAGGAUAACAACCAUUAGGCUUUUGUUUUUGGGACGAGAAACGAUCGAUCGCUCGCUCACUCGGCUGUGCAAAUUUCGGCGCCAACAUUGUGCUUCGGGAACAACGGUGCUUUUGUUUUAGUGUGUUCGUAACUUACAGAACUGUGAAUGAACCCCCGUUUGGCGCCGGUUUUGAUUGAAGAGCAGCGCGGAACAAUAGCAAAGUGAUUCAUCGUCGGGGCUAUGAUCGCCAAUCAGUGAAACAACAAUAGUCGGUACAAAAGAAGAAACAAAAAAACCAAAGCAAUUCACCCAAAGUGCCAUGAGAAUUGAGAUUUGUGCCGGAGGCAAAUUAGCAGCAGCAGUAGAAACAGUGAUUUUUAAUUUUAUUUUGCGGUGAACCGGAAGUGAUUUUUUUAAACCUGAUUUCGUGUGGAUGUUCGUGUAAAUUGCGUAGUGUGGAGUGUAUGCAGCUCGAUGAAUUAUUUUCUGCACAGCGAGUGGUACAACGAGCGGUACAGGAAGAUGCUGUCCACCAGCGAGGAUGCCGGGUUCUACUCCCACAAUCGGGAUCAUUCAGACACCGGAGAAUCUGAAGGCACUCAAGAUAUCCUAACAUGCGGGUCCUGUCAGAAAACGUUCGCUCUCUCCGACAUUGUGCGAUUCAUCCAGCACAAAGUGCUCCAGUGCAACAAGGAAAAUUACGGCCAGUGCUACUCGCAAGCCACGGCCGGUGACAGGGACUCAGAUGACGGGCGACCCCUCACGUUGGCCAACUCGCGACGGCCCUCGAUCUCAGCUCCGAUCUCGGCGCGGAAACCCAGCGGGUCCCGGGUGCACACGCCACCGCCCACUAGUCCGGCCGAGCUGCUGCGUGACGGUGCCUCCAGUACGCCCAAGCGGCUCAACGAAGAAUCCGAGAACGCCUCCACCUCCCGCUGCCCGUCCAGAACAAGCCCACUGGGCAGCAGUUCCAGCAGUAGCGCCACCGCCACCGCCGCCGUCGAGGACACCGAAGGCCAGCAAAGUAAUAAUCCGCUGCUGGCCGCCACCGUAACCGAUCCUUCGUUGGCAGGUGCAACGGCGUCCACAUCCUCAAUCGAAAUCAAACAGGAACAGCCCGAUCCGGAUCGGGAGGGAGACUGCGGUGACGGAAGCUUACCGGCGGCGACGUCGUCGGAUGAACCCGCACCGAAAAAACCCCGUACCACCUCCACCGCUACCACCACGGAACUGGCAGACGCCGAAUCCAACACCACCAGCAACAGCAACAACGGCGAACCCAGUAACUACGUUUGCAGCACGUGCAAAACCAAAUACCAUUCGGCGUGGCGGCUGGUGCAACAUGUCCAGCAUGCCCACCGGGUGAAAAUCUACGAGGUGGUAUCGCUGCUCGAUGACGAUGACGGCGAGGACUGUGGCGAUAUAGACGAAGCUGACGAGCAUGACGAACCGGCCGAGGUCGAAUCGAGCCGCGUUCCGGAGCUCGAUAACGAUGAUGACACUCCGGCACACAACGACGAGCCGGAAACCUUGGCCCAAAGCGGUAAAUCCCAUUCCAUGAAUAACCUUAGCGGUAGUUCAAACUGUUCCAGCAACAACAACUCCUCCAGUGGCAAUAGCUCUCGAGGCAGUGGAAUCAAUCUGCUGCAGAACCAGCUGCAACUACCCCAGCAGCAGCAACAGCAACAACAACAACAACCACCACGUGAUUCGCAAAGUCUUCCACCGCCGGGUUUGAGACAUCACCCGCUGCUUCCGCCUCCGGAGAUGCAUCCGAACCCGUUCAACCUGCUGCGAAUGCCGUUGAACCACCACCCGCACAGUCCCCUCUUUGGCGGCCGCGGUCACCAUGACUUUCGCAUGGAACAUCUCAUGUCCGAGCAGUUUCGCAGCCAUGGUCUCAAUCUUGCAGCGGCUGCAGUCGCGGCGGCCAACCAACUGAAAACCCACAAUCAACAGUUUAAUGCCGGUGGCGGCGUCGGCGGCGGCGGCAAUCCGACAACAGAGCGACCUCCCUCAUCAGGGAGCAUCUCGCUACCAGGUGGUACCCAAGGUUUGGUUCUCGAACCCCAUAUGGAUUUUUACUCACAGCGCUUGCGGCAGCUCGCGGGUACCACCAGUCCAGGGACUAAUCAAAACACCUCCAACUCUCCCAGUCCCCGCAAGCAGCAUUCCCCCUCUUUCGCCAGCCCCUCUCCCUCACAGCUUCCCCCUACCCCGUUGACCAACAACUCCCGACCGCAAAGUCUCACCCCACCCGAAAAGCACACCGAACUGGGAGGGCUCGAGUCCGGAUCAAUCACCAACACCCCUCGGUCGGCGUCCACCCCUCCGAACAAGCAAAGCCAAUUAACCGACGCGAUGCACUCCUGCGAGUACUGCGGCAAGAAGUUUCGCUUUCAAUCGAAUCUGCUUGUGCACCGUCGGACGCACACCGAUGAGCUUCCCUACAAGUGCACCAGCUGCGAAUAUUGCUGCGAGGACAUCACGAAGCUGAAGCAGCACAUGAAAACGCACGGAAUUCCGAGCGAAGACGGCAUGAGUAAUCAGGGAAGCAUGGAGUCCGACAUGGACGACUCCGACAACGAGCUGAUGGACGCCGAGGACAUCGACGACGACGAUAAUGACGACGACCGAGACGGAGAGCUGGGCGAGGAAGCCGAAGAUCUCAGCAUGAGCAGCACCCAGAGCCACGCCAAGAAGGACGGGCAGGUGCACAUGCAGUCCUCCCUGGUGGGGGAGCUGAUGGACAAGUUCGGACUGUCCAACAUUGCCCAAUAUUCCGAAGCCUACAAACAAGCCCUACAGGAGUCGGGAAACGCGUUGAAGCUGCAGCUGACCAGUAAAGAUCGAGAUAACAACAACAGCGCCAUGGCCAUCCCCGGCCUGGCCGAGAAGUUGAACGGACUUCCGGCGGCGCUGCGGAUCAAAGAGGAACUAGCGAAGAACAUGCUGCAGCAUCACAAUCCCCAACUUCCACAAGUUCCUCUGUUCAACCCGUUUGAGAACCCCUUCGAAGCAUCCAAGCGCAUGAAACUCGAAGGUGGCGACAGCUGGUGGAACAUUCCCGGCCUGCACCGGAACGAAUCGCUGUUCGAAAACAUGAAACCAGGUCGUGAUCGCGGCUCCGGUAGCCUCAUGCAUCCGAUGAUGAAAAAAGAGCACAAGUCCCGCAACGACACGUGCGAAUACUGCGGCAAGGUGUUCAAGAAUUGCUCGAAUCUGACAGUUCACCGACGGAGCCACACCGGAGAAAAGCCUUACAAAUGCGAACUAUGUUCCUACGCUUGCGCGCAGAGCUCCAAGCUCACCCGGCACAUGAAAACGCACGGCCGCUUGGGCAAAGACGUCUACCGGUGUCGGUUCUGCGAAAUGCCCUUCAGCGUGCCCUCGACCCUCGAGAAGCACAUGCGGAAGUGCGUCGUCAACCAAGGCAAGCUGCAACAACAGCAGCAACAACGGGAACUCCAGCACCUGCAACACCAGCAACAGCUCCACCACCAGCAGCAACUAGCAGCGCAACAGCAACUGGCAGCCCAACAGAUGGCAGCAGCUGCGGCGGCUCAGCAACAACAAGCCGCUGCCGUGGCAGCCGCCGCCCAACAGCAUCACCAUCGCGAACACCUCCAACAGCAACUCCAGCAGCAGCAGCAACAGCAACCUCAAGGACCGAUGAUCCCGGUCUCGCCCAACCAUGCGCCCCCGGGCGCUAUCCUGCUACCGCCACUGCCCGUCCCGCCGCCCAUGGGCUCCCUGGCGGAGCACCAGGACCGGAACAGCACACCCUCCAACAGCAAUCCCGCCACUCCGAUCAUCAAGGAGGAAGCGGCCACCGCAUGACUUUACCCCCCGUGGAGUGGCUACGAGUUGCCCCCCAAUCGAAUGAUGUCCAGAAUCUACUAGAAGGGAAACCCGGACGGAACGUACGGGAUCCUCGGCGCUGCGCCGCUGCGAUCUCCUAAGCUGUGUCCGCUUUUCCGCAUCGCGCCCUCCGGUAGGGACAGGGUUCCACACGGGAGUACCCCCAUUUGGCAUAGGGUGCCGGAUGGCCGUUACGCCAAACGGGAGACACUUCCGCUUCUAUACCAUUUUAAAACGACCGAGAGUACAUAGUUUUACGACGAAAAUAGAGGCAUUAAUACCAAAGUUAAAAACAAAAUCAGCGAGAAGGCAGAAUUAUUAGACAAAAUGAUUUUUAUUUCUCCACACCCCGUGUACAUACUAGCUGUGUAAGUGAACAGAAUGGCAUUUAAUUUUAGUUUAUAUAAUAUAUUACAAUGAUAAAUUAUUCCUCCCUUUAUACGAGAAAGAGACAACAUGUACAUUCUAUACCAACCUUGGUUUAAGGCACAAAUAAAUGCAACCCCCCAAACAAAACAAAAAAAGUGAUUCGAAAAUUUUGAGCGUAAAUGCAUUACCCUCAAAUCGAUAAGAAAAUAUGAAAACCCCCCAGAAGAAUAAUCCAUUUUGAUUAUUCGCAUUGUUGACGAAUGAAGCGAACGGUCAUGUUUUUGUUGAUAGUUUUAUCUCGAGAGGUUCCAUUCGAUUUCGAAUGUAGAUUUGUUUUGUUUUGGCACAAAUUUUGCUUGAAUGUUAUUCUUAAUGGCAAACUUUUUAAUGGCAAACUUUGCAGACUUCCAUAAAAUCGGUUCGAUGACUGAAAAAAAUAUAUAUUUUUUGUCAACUAUUUCCUCAUUCUGACCCACUGUGCAAUAAGUUCUCUGCUAAAAAUAUCCAACAUAACAAAAGAAAAACACCAAAAAACAUUAAUGAGAAAAUUGAUUUUUAGUUUUUCUCUCUGAAAUAAUUGAAAAAAAAAACAAAUAUUUUUACAGUGCAACUUUUUUUGAACUUUUUAGUAAAUUUUGAGGAAUUCUUGAUUAGAUCCUUUAAAAAAACAGUUAUGCAUAUUGUCUGUUUCGAGCACGAGGAUUUUUCGUGCAAAAUUUGAGCAGAACAAAAAAAACAAAAAUGGAAUUUUCAAUGGAACUACUCUUCCUUAUCUCUGUAGAAGUUUCCGUUUCCUUGUUCCCUAACCCCUCUGUUUGUGUAAGAUAAUUGUUUAGGCUAAUUGAAAUCACCAAAACUUGCAAACAGUAGCAGUAGUAGAAGGAAUCAUUUUCACUUGUUUGUUUUCAUCUCUUUUUAGCGUUCUUUGCUUUAUUUUUCUCUAUUUCUGUUGAGGUUAGGAGCCGUCUUUAGACACACGUUUCGAAGGUUAUGUUUCAUCCCGUUCCCGUUUGUAUAUAUUACUGGUGAUCUUCCGGAUCUUUGUAUCAUAUUCCAGCUGGCAGUCGAAGUUCUUUUUCUCUGUGCUAGGUUAUUACAGUUAAGACUGAUCUAUUUUCUCUGCGUUUUUAGAAUAAUUUUAUUGGAUUAUUUAUUGGAUCGUUUAGUUCCAGUUCUUCGACGUAGUUCAUAGACACUUUCCCUAUCCGCACAGGAGGAGUGUUCAUGAAAACGUCUAAGGAUCUCGAAAUUGUACAUUCUAAUCCCAACUAAAGACAAACAAAUCAAUUCCACUCGGAACUGCUAGAGCACAAUUGAUAACCGUUUCAAUAGUUUGACAUUCCCGAACCUCUUCAUUUUGCGAGAAAGACAAACUUUGUGAAGUAAUAGAAACUCGGAAUGUAAAAAAAAAUCUGGAGAAAAUGUAGUCACGACAGUUGAUUUUAACUUUUAAGGCGGCGAAAAAAACAUGAAAAAUCACACGAAGAUUCCUAUUAAACAUUAUGAAUUUAUGUAAAUGUACAAAUCGAUCGUAAGUAUAAACAAAAUACGAUGGGAAAAUCAAGUAAUACAACAAAGGAAAACUUAGUAAUUUAUUUAAUGGAGAGACAAACAAAACCAGCUCAUCAAACAAUAAAAAAUCCCCAUUAGAAAAAGACAAAUGAUGAGACGGAAAUCGAAAUCCCAUCAUUGCACAUUACAGGCAUUAUACAAUGUUCUCAACAAUACACGGACAAACGCAAAUGAAUAGACAAACCCAUAAACUCACACAAACAUCCACACGAUGAAACGAGCAUACUUAUUAUACAAAAGAAAAACUAAAAAUCACAACACACAAACACAAAAUAUUUAAUCGAAAUGAAAAAUCCCACUACUGUAUUUAAUGCAAGAAUAGCGAAAUAACGAGAAUAAAAAGAUCAGAAAAAAACCUACAAAAUCCUAUAUUGUAUAACGAUAAUAAAAACGUACUUAAAAGAAGUAAAUAAAAUAUAAAUGUUUAC